CUCUAAAAUCUGGGGCUUUCCGUCGGACCAGGAAAAAAUACGCCAUCCCACAGCGGUUAAAACGUGUUUAUAGCCUUUCAUUAGUUCAGUCAUUUUCUUAAAGUCUUCAGUAGAUCGAGACAGCGCACACGCACCUGUGGAAUGGAAAAUCAGCACAACGAGGCGCUCCUGGAGCGCUCAGCCAGCUCCGAUACCGUGACUCAACCAAGAAACUCCAAUGCCAAGGCAUUCAAGGUGGCAGGCCUGACUGUGCUGGCCUGCCUCUUGCUGGCCGGGCAGGCCAUUACUGCCUACUUCGUCCUGGGCCAGAGAGAGCACAUCAGCGCCCUGGAGAGAGGGCAGGAGAACAUGAAGAAGGAGCUCACCCGCCGGGUGUCAGCUGCUCCUAAAAUGAUGCAUGUGCCCAUGAACAGUAUGCCACUGUUGAAAAGCCUGACAGAUGAUGACAGCGUCCCCAAAGGGACAGUGCCUCUCUCGAAAGUGCAAUCAACCAGCUUCCAGAGGGAGGGAAGUGGCCUCGUUUAUGGUUCCAGACUGACUCCCAAGAGGAUGCAGGUCCCCAUGAGGAACCUGCCCCUAGAAACCUACAUCAUGGAGGACAAGGUGGAGGAAGAGAACAGUGAAGUUCCCAUGCUGGAGGUGGAGGGCAAGUGUAAGCUGAUGGCUCAGAAGGGCGUGAAGCCCGGCUUCUACGCCCCCCAGUGCGAUGAACAGGGCAACUACCGGCCCCUGCAGUGCUGGCACAGCACCGGGUACUGCUGGUGCGUCGACAAGGAUGGCAACGAGAUCCCCGGAACCCUGAGUCGCGAAACGAGGGACUGCGGAGGCGUCAAUUAAAGUCAGCAGAGUGGAAGAUGAAAAGUUCUCUUUCUUAAAUGAUGAAUAAAGACUCCAAUAAAGAGACUCCACAUGAAAAUGAUCCUACUGACCUCCCUGUCUUUUCCUCUACCUGUCUCCCUGAUUGGUCCUGAUCAAGGUGAUUAUAAAUUGUGAUUAUAGCAAAUAAAUUCAGUUAGCAUCUCAUUCUGUUUGUUCUGUUUAAGAGAGACAACUAACACUGUUACACAUACACACACACACACACACACAGAGCUUCUGUGCCUGUUUUAUAUUCUAUUCUAUGAGUAAACUAUUGCUAUAAUAAUAAGGAAAUAUAUCUAUUUUCUAUCUAAGUAUAAGCCUCUUUUAGAGAUGGCAGUAGACUGUUAGUGUUGUGAAUGCAUUUAACAGAAUGUACUGUACAUAAGAGCUCUGAAUAAAUGAUGCCUUUCUACACCA